AUGCCCCGCUCUCGCAGCCGUUCUUCUUCAUUGAGGCGGUCUAGCAAGCAUAAAAAGUAUAGAAGCAAGUCAAAAGAGCGGGAUCGAGACAAAGAAAAAACUAAAAAUCGUGACAAAGAUAAAGAUAAACCUAAAAACUAUGAUCGGACUUAUCGCGAUUCACACAAAAGCAGCAGACGGAGGUUUGUUUGUCCCUUUUCUAUUUACAUCUGGAGGCAUCGAUCUUCGUCUAGCUCAGAAUAUGAGACAGAGAAGGAGAGAAGAAGUAGGCUGAAAGAAAUUGAUAGAAAGAUCGAAGAGGCAAGGAGGAGAGAAGAGGCUGAGAAGCGAGCUGUGGAGCAAAAGGAGCGGUUAGUUGUACAUUAG